GCGGCCGCGCUUCCUGGUCCCGGGGCGCCAUGGCGCUGCCCUGGCUCCUGCGCCUGGAGCUCACGCUCUUCGUCGCCGCCUUCUUGUGCGGGGCCGUGGCGGCUGCGGCGCUGACCCGGACCCAGGGCUCCUUUGGGGGCAGUUGCCCCCUGUAUGCUGUAGCUGCUAGGAAUGGCUCUUCUCUGGCCUUGGCCCAGCCCUCGGCCUCAUCUCUUUGCUACUUUGUGGCUGGGGUCUCAGGCUUCCUAGGCCUCUACUGCCUCCUCCUGCUGCUCUUCUGGAUCUACAGCAGCUGCAUCGAGGAUUCCCAAAGAGGCCCUAUGGGGCUCCGCAUUGCCCUGGCCACCUCUGCUCUAGCCAUCUUCCUGCUCUUAGUAUCGGCCUGUAUUCUUCGGUUUGGUACCAGUUCUCUCUGCAAAUCCAUCGUCUCCCAGAACAUUACAAAUAGCUGCCCUGCAGCCCAGAAAAUUCGGUGGAUACCACCUGGAACAGCUUUGCAGUUUUACUCCAAUUUACACAACGCUGAAAUGUCUUCUUGGGUGAAUCUGAUAUUAUGGUGUAUGAUCUUGAUGCUCCAAGUUGUGCAGAAGAAGUCUCAAGCCACCUCCUAUCAGGGGGAUCCAGAAUGGAGCUCAGAGACUGAUGUACUGGUCGGCACCCACCUCUCCCGGUCCUGAAAAGCAAGCACUGAGUCUUCCCGUUAAUAAGACCUGCCCAAGUGCCUGGUUUCCUCUUGCCCUGCCGACCUAUGCGUGCCAGGGAGGCUGGGAUGGUGAUUGCAGGCCACCUUCAGCUGUUUUUAUACCAAAAUAUCCUGUUCCUUUCUUU